AUGAAGCAGAUAUCCGUCGGCUCCCUCGCAAGUGAAGAAUCUGCGCGCGCCUUGGUGCGUGACGAUGCAGUUUUCCAGCGUAUACAGCGGGCGAAAAAAGCCCUGCGUGCGAGGGCCAACAGGGUGAGAAAGCCUGCGCGCAACCUCGCACCAAGAUCUCUGGUUAAGUUCAAGGCCUCACCAAACAGGUUGAAGGCGGAUUACCAGUGGAAGGGCCCCGCCACGGUCCGUUCACAGAAUAUCUCGGUCAAAUACACGAUCUCUUUCCGUGGUAAAGAG